AUGAAUAUGGCACUUUUGCUUGAUCUAAACUGCAGCUACUGGAUUCUCUUUGAUGCUGAACUCAUUUUUAGCCCCAACCAUGAUGUUGCCUGGGAGACCAGAGGAAGGCUAGAAUCUUCCUGUGCUGGUCCCAAAGGUGACAACAUCUAUGAGUGGAGAUCAACCAUUCUUGGGCCCCCGGGAUCUGUGUAUGAAGGUGGUGUGUUCUUCCUCGAUAUAACUUUUACACCAGAGUAUCCCUUCAAGCCUCCAAAGGUUACAUUUCGUACAAGAAUUUAUCACUGUAAUAUUAAUAGUCAAGGAGUUAUUUGCUUGGACAUAUUGAAAGACAACUGGAGCCCAGCACUAACCAUCUCGAAAGUUCUCCUCUCUAUCUGCUCACUCCUUACAGACUGCAAUCCUGCUGACCCUUUGGUGGGAAGUAUUGCCACUCAGUACAUGACCAAGAGAGCAGAACACGACAGAAUGGCCAGACAGUGGACCAAGAGAUACGCUACAUAAACUGGGUUUUCAGUUCUUACAUUAUCUGUCUGUCACAGAAGAGAGCUGCUUAUGAUUUUGAAAGGGUGGGGGAGGGUGGGAAUUGGUAAAGAGUAGGGUAUUUCUAUAACAGAUAUUAUUCAGUCUUACUUCCUAAGAUUUUGUUGUAACUUAAGGUAUCUUGCUACAGUAGACAAAUUGGUAAUAGUGACUUUUAGAGCUAUCAGUUUUGCGAGAUUACCUUACUUUUAGUACAACAGGAAAGAAUGCGCGUGUAGACACUUGGGUUUCAUUGAGUGUAGUCUACUGUAAUUUCUAAAUGAGCUUACAUUUGUAUAGGUUACACACUUGGCCAUUGAUGCAAAGUCCUAUUUUCUUCUUUUAAAAAGUUGGAAUUUGUUUUUCCUGCUUAGAGGAAAACAAUGGUAUUUAACAGUUUGUAGAGAUUGUUACCUCGUAUAUGUAAAAUGGACACCUGGCUAUGAGACACCAUGUAGGAAACGAGUAGUUAAUGUAUUUUAUUUCAUAUGCAAGUUACUUUAAAGGUUGAA